AUGUUUGAUGAGGCGAGCAAGACGGCGAAGAUUGAGAGCGCCGCCGAGUCGAAAAUCGACUUGUAUAGGGAUCGGUUCUUGUUGUUGCAGCAGCGCUUGUCGCGGUCAAGGCAGUUCGCGAAGCCGACGUUGCAGACGUCCUCGACCGAGGGCAUCGCGGAGUUGACGUCGAUUCAGUCGUUGUUAGGGGUGAGCAAGGAGACGAAGUUUAUCAUGGGAUGUUUGAGUCAAUUGGAGGACGAACGGUUUUACAUGGAGGAUUUGACGGGGACGGUGCGAGUUGAUUUGACGGCGUGCGAGCGCAGCGCGGGGUUGUUCACGGAGAAUUGCAUCGUGAUCGCGCAGGGUGAGGUGCGACCGGACGGGGUGUUUGAGGUCAUGGCGUUGACGUUUCCCCCGGCGGAGACGCGAGCGGCGACGAGAAACGCGACGAACGCUUUGGAUUUCUUCGGCGCGGGGCACAUCUUGCGACCGAACGAGCUGGAGGAGCUCGAAGAGAAGGAACUUGAACGCGUCGGUGAGAGGUUUAUCGUGUUGUCGGACGUUUGGCUCGACCAACCACGCACUUUUGAUAGAUUGGCAAAAAUGUUUGACGCGUUUGACUCGCAAGAGGAAGACGUGCCGGGAUUGAUUGUCUUCAUGGGAGAUUUCACAUCGAAACCGUUCGGCCCGACGCACUACGACUUUCGCGCGUAUACCGAAGGCUUUGACAAACUCGCGGAGUUGCUGGAGGAAUAUCCGCGCUUGCGACAGGAAAGUCGGUUCGUCUUCAUCCCUGGUCCGGGCGAUCCCGGUUUGAACGCCGCGCUUCCGCGCCCGGGAUUGCAAUCAUCCGUCAUCGGUUCUCUGCUGGAGAAGGUUCCGCGCGCGCAAUUCGCGAGUAACCCGGCAAAAAUUAGAUACUUUUCGCAAGAUCUCGUGUUCUUUCGCGACGACUUGCAGGCGAAGAUGCGCAGAAACUGUUUGAUGCCGCCCGACGACGAUAAACUGCCGGAAAUCGCGCCCGGCGACGAGUGGGCGAACCGCCCGGUGUUCAAGCAUCUCGCGGCUACCAUGGUGCAGCAGGCGCACUUAUGCCCGUUACCGAUCACACAAAGCCCGAUUUAUUGGGAAUACGACCACUCGUUGUGGUUGUAUCCGGCGCCAAACUGUAUUUUCUUAGGCGAUCGAACCGAGCAACAAUCGCUGGCCAACUUUGAGGAGACUUCGCUCGCGAAUCCCGGAUGCUUUUCCGACGACGGGUCGUUCUUGCUGUACAUCCCCGCCACGGGUGAGUGUUCGUUCUCAGCCGUGCCGUGA